AAAGAAAAGAAAGAUUUUACAUUUACAUUUAGAGAAGAGAUGAAGCAGCACAUUGACAGCGCACCAUCAACGCCAGGCAAAUUCAAGAUGGAGAAAUCUCCUUACAACCGUCUGAGGCUCCAUUCUUCCUUAGCCAAGCUCACUUUCUGGUCUCUCUUCUUCCUCGUACUGAUCUACUUCUUCUUCUUCAAAUCCCCAUCUCCAUCUUCUUCUUCUUCUUCUUCAUCCCUCCCCUCAGAUCUCUCCAGAAGAUCCCUCCGCACGAGCUCCUACGCCGGCCCGAACUUCGAAAAGCGGGUCCGGGCCUCCGCCAAAAUCCGGUCCAGAACCGGCAUCUCCGUCCUCGUCACCGGCGCCGCCGGCUUCGUCGGAACCCACGUCUCCGCCGCCCUGAAACGCCGCGGCGACGGCGUCGUGGGCCUCGAUAAUUUCAACGACUACUACGACCCGUCCCUGAAGCGGGCCCGGCAGGCCCUAUUGGAGCGCAGUGGGGUCUACAUUGUCGAAGGCGAUAUAAACGACGCCGUUUUGGUGUCGAAGCUAUUCGACAUUGUCCCGUUCACACACGUAAUGCACCUCGCCGCGCAGGCCGGCGUCCGGUACGCGAUGGAGAAUCCGGGCUCGUACGUGCACAGCAACAUAGCGGGCCUAGUCAGCAUCCUCGAAGUCUGCAAGAACGCGAACCCUCAGCCCGCCAUCGUAUGGGCGUCCAGCAGUUCCGUUUACGGGUUGAAUACUAAAGUGCCCUUCUCCGAGAAGGACCGAACCGACCAACCGGCCAGCCUCUACGCCGCCACGAAGAAAGCCGGCGAAGAAUUCGCCCACACGUACAACCACAUAUACGGGCUCUCCUUAACCGGGCUGAGAUUCUUCACCGUUUAUGGGCCGUGGGGAAGGCCCGACAUGGCGUACUUCUUCUUCACGAGAGAUAUCUUGAAAGGAAAAUCGAUUCCGAUUUUCGAGGCGGCCAAUCACGGGACUGUGGCUAGAGAUUUCACGUACAUUGACGAUAUCGUGAAGGGCUGUUUGGGCGCGUUGGAUACUGCCGAAAAAAGUACGGGGAGCGGUGGCAAGAAAAAAGGGGUGGCUCAAUUGAGGGUUUUCAAUUUGGGGAAUACUUCGCCGGUUCCGGUUUCGGAUCUUGUCGGUAUUUUGGAGAAGUUGCUUAAGGUGAAGGCGAAGAGGUUGGUUAUGAAGUUGCCGAGAAACGGAGACGUGCAGUUUACGCAUGCGAAUAUAAGUUUGGCUGAAAGGGAGAUUGGUUAUAAGCCGAGUACCGAUCUUCAGACAGGGUUGAAGAAGUUUGUGCAAUGGUACCUUAGUUAUUACGAGAACGGCAAGAAAGCUGCGCAGUGAUACGGGUUCUCUUUUUUUGUUUCACAAUCCCGAUAUUCUUGAGUUCGUUUUUUCGAUUCUUGUGAUUUUAUUUUUUCUUUUUAAAUAUAUUUUUGUUGUUCAUCCACAUUAUUUUUUUCUUACGUUUAUGUUCAUGAUCCCACGAUGAAGAACAAGAACCAGUAACCGAACUUUUGUUGUUGUAUUUUAUGAUUGUAGAAUUUUGUGACAGAUAGAUCGAUUUUUCUUUAUUGAUGGACCAACGUGUAUUAUCGGAAUUCGAUUCGAUUAAUAAUAGCACAUGAUUUUUUUUUCUUAAUUUA